UCUCAUUGUUAGUUACGUAGUUUAUAAAUAAAAAGUACUCAAAAUACUUGGCGCUUAUUUUAAAAUAUUCAAUUUCAUAAGAAGAAAGAAAAUUAUUUAAUCGAUGUGAUGAUGACUGACAAAAAUGUAGAUAAUUUAAUUUUACUAAUCCUUUCGCGGCUAACAAGUGUAUUACUAUGUUUUUGAGCUGAAUAACCAGCAAAAUUUCAAUCCAAAUUUUGUUUGUAAACUCUUUUAAUGUUACAGGAAAAACACUCAAUCGUUCACAAAAGUUCAUAUCAUAGCAAACGUCAAAGCAAUACUACCGAGGACCCUUUUAUUUCGUGGCAUGUCAGCAAAACGACACAGAAAAUAUAUCAUCCAAUAAUAUCCCCUAGUUUCUUUAAUCUCUUCCAAAUGUUUUCAAAAAAUUUUCUCGUGCAAGUUCCUUGCUUGUCAAACUGUUCCUACGAACCUGGAUGUUUCUAUGAAAGUUUUCAGACCGUCCCGUGUGACACACACAAAAAAAAACAAAAAAGAGAAAUGAAUCACGUUGUAUAAAAAAUUGCCCGCACCAAGAGGAUGGGUUUAUUUUUGAGGGAUGAUUAAGAUCGAUGUUAUAGAGGCUCUAAUUUAUUAGCCUUUCGCAGAGAACUUUUCUUUACUCAAAAAUAAGGGGAAAAUCUAGUCGAACAUUUAGAAUUAUCGAUACAAAACCUCAUGAACGACUAUGCGAAUGCGAUACGUAGAGAACUUUUUGGCCUUGAUAUUAUCAAUUUUUCACGUUUUCGCAAUGCAAAUCGCCGAUUUUAAAGGAUUCAUAGAGAAUCACCAUAACCUAUACGUUGACAAGACGCAAUUCUUGCUGGAUUUUAUAUUUGACAAGGAAGAAGGCGUCGUCUUUAUUACCAGGCCACCAGGAUUCGGAAAGUCUCUUCUGGCGUCAACCGUCGAUUACUUCUUCAACUCCCGCUAUGAUGUGAGCCAAUCAGAACGUCUCUUCGCGGGACUUAACGUCAUGGCCGACACCCCGAUCGCGUAGCAGUUCAGGGAAGAACACAUGAACCGGUUUCCGGUGAUCAAGAUCUCCUUUGCGUCUUUUCAGGCCACAGAUUUUCGAAGCACGCUCAAAGAGGUCGAACGAAUAUUUAAACAGGUCAUGGAAGAUCACGGAGCCGCCUUGGCCCACUCCAGCGACCCGAUUCUCCACCGAAUCGCCAAUGGGACCGCCGACGAGCAAUGCCUGAGGACAUUCGUUCAGCUGCUCAGCUUUCACGUCAUCGAACACCAUCGAGUGGCGCCCAUUCUCAUAAUCGACGCCUACGAUACGCCGCUCUACUCCGCCUACGACGACACCCACUACGAGAAUAUAACCGAGCUCAUGGCCCACCUCUUGGACCUGGGUCCAUAUGCGAACCGGUUCAGAAAGGUCCUCAUCACGGGCGUGGCGACAGUGAAACUGGACCGAGUGCAGCUUCGCAAGACAGGCACAAACGACCACAACCCUCUCUCCGGAUUCUUCGGGUUCUCCAAGGUGGAAGUGAUGGCGCUGUUGGAGAGGAACGGGAAAAACGAGGAGAUCGACCGCACUAGAGUGGAGAAUUUUGGCGGUUACGGUUUUCGCGAUUCCAAUGUAACUGUGUACAACCCCAGUGGUGUUAUCAGGUACGUUGAAUCGGGCACAGUAGACGGAGGCCUGGAUGCUGCAUCAACAUCAAUUCUCAAGGACUUACUGACGGUUGAGAAGUACGGACUGUACCCGAUUUUGGUCGUCCAAAAACUCCUCGCAUACGAAUUAGUCCCCAGACGCGUUAUCGAUCAGCUGCACUACCCCAGCAUCCGGCGAAUUCCGUCGCACUUCUGGACCUUCCUCGCGAGUCUCGGGUUUGCUACCUACGACUUGGAAAAAGCCUACCACUCGGAAGCAGUCCUACUGAAGAUCCCUAACUUGAAUGCCUAUAAAUUUUUAGCGCUCAUCAUCGCAGAAAAUCCCAAAAUCCCCGAUUACAAUGGUUUAACGAAGAGUUUAAUUGAAGGAGAUUUUAAAAUAGCUCAAAAUGUGUUUAGGACCUACUUAGCACACAAGGGUGCGUAUGUCACGCUAGAGGACAAAGGCAGCGAGAAAUAUGAUUGUACCACACACAAACGGCUAUCAGAUUACGUCAACGAAUUGUUAGAGGGUGUAAAAAUAAGGUAUAAAACAGGUGGUAAGGUCGUUCAUAGGCCAGGGUUGGAUUAUAUUGAAUUGGAGCCUAGUGGAGACUACGUAUAUACGAUUAGAAUUAAGAUUGAAAAAAGCAAGAUGCUUAAAGCCUUGUGGUACAGCGUACGAAACAAGGUAUGUUCUUUGGUGAAGACGGUACCGAAAAAUGAAACUGAGAUAUUUAUCCAGUAUGGGGCGUCUUUCUUCGACGUUUGUUUAAGGCAGUCUUCAACAGCGCCAUUUCCCCGGGCAUUGGUUUAAUUUCAACACUGACAUGACAGGAUGGUCAAUAAGGAUUUUCUGCUCUAAUUCAGUUUCUAAAUUUAUAGAUACAGGUAUUAGAGUGAGCCAAAUGUACAUAUGUGUCAGAAUUUCCAGACAAUAAGCACAAUGAACCGAUAAGACAUUAGAGCAAGAAGUCUAUGCGUUGUCAAAUUUUAAAGUUACCGAUCAACUUUUCGUUCGAUUCUAGUUUUCAUUCCUCCGUAUUACAUGCACUCAAAAUUUACAUGAUAUUAUAUUUUUAGAGGCCAUAAGAACGAAUAACCUUAAACUUAUCACACUACUGGGCUUCAAAGGCAAUAUGUUGCUUGUGAGGACGUAUAUAUAUAUUCAUGUUUGCACGUGUUAGUACAUAGUAUUAAGUCACUGAAUUAUUUUUCCUUUUCAUGAAAAAUUGUGGAGAAUCAAAGACAACGAGGGUUUAACCCUUUCGAGAUAUUCAUUGUAAAUAUUUGAAAAGUCAACUAUUUCAGCACUACAUUUAAAUUGCGCACAUGAGUUAUAUAUGCAAAAUAUUAACUAUAUCAUUUGUCUAAUAUAAGGAAAUGUAAAUUGAUUAGUGCUAUUGUAAAAUUGAUUUUACUGCUACAGGUAAUGUAAUGUAGCUUUUUUUUUUUGUUUUUUUUUAAAAAAAAAAAAAAAAUUGGCGAUAUAA